AUGGGCCACGACGAAAUUAACGAAGAGCCACCCGAGGACUACAUCAGCGAAUUUGAGCAGCGCCGGGAACUAUUUAACCAGAUACGAGAUUAUCAUGAUACCAAUCUAGGCCCGAGUUGCUCUUCUUUUGAUCAUGCCUCGGUCGCGGUGUUGAUGAUUCUGCCCAGUGAAAGACUCUCGGAUUUAUUACAGAUCACAAAAUCCAGGGAAGCAACCUUCGCAGCUGAUAUGGUGGCCAGCACCCUCUUUACCAAAUCGGGGGCGCCGUCAAGGCCUUUUUGGCAAGGGGAGACGCUCCAUGUCGAGGAUAGCACGCCGGAUGUCCGCCACCCCCGGCUCCUCUGGCGACGAAGUAUCCUCAGCAAGACAACCGCGACAAGGGCUGAGAGUAAAAGGGAACGUAUCCUUUCGCCGACGCCGAUCGAGCCCAGCUCCCCAUCGAUAAUGUAUCCGCUCUCAUUUGUCCAAAGUGCCGAGGCACCGGAGAAGGUAAGUCUCGUCAUCAAACGGCUUCGGCUGCACUGGAUGAAAAAAGCCACGAUCAAGCCCACGGAUCAGGUUCUCCAAGAGGACUUGGAUGAGGCCUUGGCCCAAGCUGGGAUCUCUCGCAACGAGGGUUGGGGUGCGCAGCCUCUGUGGCGGUCGAGUGGUAUCCCCCUCAUCACUGGCCAGGUGUUUGCGAUCAAGGCGCUGGAUCCUGAGGAUCUCCCGAGCUUUGAGCUUCUGGAGUUGUCUUGGACCUUUUUGCGUGUUGCAUCCAUGUGCGGCGGCGGCACCGAAGAAGACUUGGAUAGCAAUGGAGACACCGCAGAUGGCAACUCUCGAUACUGCCAUGCCUGGCUUGCCUCGGACGCCUCAGCUGGAGCUGGGGAAGAUAUCAAGGAAGAUUUCUAG